AAGACAACUCAACUGUAGCGUGUUUUGAGCCAGUAUUCACACCGAUAUUGAUUGAAAAUUUCCAGUAGGAGCACAGGAAGAGAAUUGUGAAAGCAGAUGAUUUACCUGUCAAGUUCCUGGUAGAGAAGCAGAACACAGCACAGACGAAGCUUCUGACAACAUACAGAGAAGACAACUAAAUAACCAUGAAGGUGGAAGACAAGUUACACUUAUUGAAAUUCUUCUCAGCCAUUUUCAACACCUUUUUUGGGAUUCUGGGUGUCAGUAUCUUUGGAUGUGCAGUGUGGAUAUUGUUUGAUACAGGAAGUUUUGUGGCUGUCCUCAAAUCUGACGUGAAGACAUUUGCUGGAUGUCUGUUCGUCGUUGGCCUGGUGGCAACAUCUGUGAGUGUAGUAGGUUGUGCAGGUGCUCAUUUGGAGAACAGAUGCCUGUUAGUGCUGGACACGAUCUUCCUCAUCUGCAUUGUUCUUGGCCAAGUAUUUGUCACAGUCCUUCUACUACUCAACCAAGGGAAAGUAGAAAAUAUACUGACUAACAAAGUGGAUGCAAUCAUUUCUGAAUAUGGAAAUGACGAAUCUGGACUACAAUGGAAACUUCUAGAUAAUGUGCAGCACUAUGGGCAGUGCUGUGGGAGAGAGAGCCAUGCUGAUUGGAUGAAAAACGUCAUCAUAUCGAAUCUGAAUUCAAGUUUGUUCAAUUCAUCAAUGGUGUUUCCAUGUUCCUGCUUUAAUUCCUCAGGCUGCACCAUCCUCCCAGUCAAUAUAACACUUUUUGGAACAGGAUCACACUAUACAGAGAAUCUUCAUUGAAUCAGGGCUGUCAAAACAAGAUACAGAAUUGGCUGAAAGAGAACAUUUUUGCAAUACUGGG